AUGAAUUUCCAUGAAUAUUAUUCAGAACUUCUCAAGAAAUUACCACCUUCCAUAAAAAGGAAUAUAUGGAAUCGACUUACUUCUAGAGUACAUAAUCCAUUGACAGAAGAACAAGCAAGUA